AUGGACCAGCAACGCUUUCUUCAGCAGCUGCAGAUCGUUCUCGAUCCCAAGAAAGGCGAUGUCAAGGCCGCCACGCAGACUUUGCAAAACGAAUUCUACAAGCAGCCUGAAGCCCUUCUCUUCCUUGUCCAGAUCGUUGUCUCCCAUGAUAGCUCAGACUUGAAGCAGCUCGCCGCUACACAAGCGAGACCACUUGUGGCGAAACAAUGGCCCAAACUUCCGACCGAGCAGAGACAACAAGCAAGAUCACAACUCUUCCAAGCUACCCUCGAUGAAGAGGCACCAUUACCCCGCCAUUCAGCGGCGAGGCUCAUCAGCACCAUUGCGAAGCUCGACCUGAAUGAUGGCGAAUGGAACGAGCUCCCUGGCAAGCUGCAUCAGGCUGCCACAAGCACCAAAGCUUCCGAUCGUGCCGUGGGCGUCUACGUCCUCUAUAGUAUCUUAGAGAUUAUGGGCCAGGGCUUCUCCGACAAGUUCAAAGAUUUGUUCAACCUAUUCUCUAGUACCAUCAAAGAUCCCGAAAGCCUCGAGGUCCGUGUCAACACUGUACUGGCUGUCUCGAAAAUGGCUAUCGUUGUGGAUGGCGAGGAAGACCAAGCUUCCGUCAAGGCUUUUCAAAGUCUUUUCCCGUCAAUGGUCGCUGUCUUGAAGGACGCAAUUUCCGACGGCAAGGAAGAUCAGAUCAUGGUGGUCUUUGAGGUAUUCAACACUUUGUUGACCGCCGAAUACCAGCUUCUCGCCAAGCACUUCCAGGAUCUCGUUGUCUUCAUGAACGAGAUUGCUUCCAACAAGCAGCUACCUGAUGACACCCGAACACAAGCCAUCAGCUUCUUAAUGCAGUCUGUCAUGUUCCGUCGCCUGCGUGUACAGGGCGCCAAGAUGGGUGAGCCUCUCACUAAGAGUAUGCUGGAGAUCGUCGCCGAAAUGGACGACAUUUCUCUGGAUGCAGACGAUGUCACCCCUGCUCGUUCUGCCCUCAGCGUCAUCGACACCAUGGCUCAGAGUCUGCCCGCCAAUCAGGUCAUUGUGCCACUCCUGCAGGCACUACCGCAAUUUUCCAAGAGCGAAGAUGUCAAUUAUCGCCGCGCCGGCAUUCUUGCGCUAGGCAAUGCCGUUGAAGGAGCUCCUGACUUCAUGAGCACGCAAAUCUCUCAGAUUCUGCCCAUACUCUACACCCUUCUAGAAGAUCCGGAUGUCACCGUGCGGCAAGCUGCCUUACAGACUACUGCUCGCUUGGCCGAUGAUCUCCCAGAGGACGUUACGAAGGAGCACGAGAAGCUUGUGCCCCUUCUCGUCAAGAAUUUGACCGCAGCCAUGUCUGCGUACAAAGGCGAAGAAGAGGGCCCUACCGUCGACAUCAUGAAGUGUGGUACGGGCGCCAUCGACUCCGUCGUUGAUGGCAUGGACGCUUCAGAUGCUGUCCAAUAUCUUGACCAGGUCGCGCCCCUCCUUCAAAAGCUGUUCAAGCACCCCGACUUCAAGAUCAAGGCAUUGGCUGCGGCUGCUCUGGGCUCUCUUGCCUCCACUGUCGAGGAGCCUUUCUUGCCCUAUUUGAGUGAUUCAAUGAACGCCAUGCAGGAGUACAUCACCAAGAAGGAAAGCGAGGAAGAGCUCGACCUCCGCGCUGCGUGCACGGACGCCAUGGGCGAAAUGGCUGUCGCCGUUGGUGCUGGCCAAUUCAAGGAUUUCGUCCGGCCACUCAUGCAAACCAGUGAUGAGGCUUUGAAGCUUGAGCAUUCCCGGCUCAAAGAGAGCACUUACAUUCUUUGGGGUUCCCUCGCAAAGGUAUACGAGGAAGACUUCGCCCCUUUCCUUGGCGGUGUUGUCAAAGGUCUCUUCGAAUGCGUCGAUCAAGACGAAGGAGAUCUCGAGGUCGAGCUUGGCCAAAAUGCUCAAGAUCUACUCGGCAAGGAGGUGACUAUCGCUGGUCACAAGGUCAAGGUCGCAGCUGCUGACGAUUCCGACGACGACGACGACGGCAUCGAGGAUCUCGAUAUUGGCGAUGAUGAUGAUGAUAGCGAUUGGGGUGACAUGGCUACUGUCACGCCUAUCGUUCUGGAAAAAGAAAUCGCCAUUGAGGUUAUCGGUGACGUUGUCGGUAACACGAAGACUGCAUACCUGCCAUACUUCGAAAAGACAAUCGAGAAGCUACUACCGCUGGUGGAGCACCACUACGAAAACAUUCGCAAAGCCGCGCUUUGCACUCUCCAUCGCGCCUACGCUGCCCUCUGGGAAAUCACCGAAGAAGCUGGCCAGAUGGAGAAGUGGCAACCCGGUCUACCAUUGAAGGUCGAGCCAACUACCGAGCUCAAGAAACUUGGCGAGGUGCUGAUGACCGCCACCCUCAACAGCUGGCCUGAGGAGGAAGAUACCCCUACGGUCUCCGAGACCUCCCGCAUGCUGUCCGAGAAUCUGAAGAUGACUGGUCCGAACCUCCUUUCUUACCCCAAUGUCCUCGACAAGGUCGUGAAGACCACCGUUGAUUUGAUCACCAAGAAGCACAUCUGUCAGCAGGGCAUGGACGAUGAAGAUCUCGACGACGAGGGCCUUGAGACCACCGAGCUCGAUUGGCUAGUUGUCGACAAUGCGAUGGACGUUAUCUCAGGGCUCGCUGCUGCUCUCGGCCCGAGCUUCUUGGAGCUCUGGAAAAUUUUCGAGAAGCAAGUCUUCCGCUAUGCCUCUGGAGGUGAGAACCUUGGUCGGGCUAGCGCUUGUGGAGUGCUCGCCGAGGUCAUCACCAGCAUGAAAGACGGAGUCACCCCUCUCACCAAUUCACUGUUGCCCUUGCUCCUGAGGCGCCUCUCUGAUGAGGAUGCCCAGACCAAGUCCAACGCCGCAUAUGCCGUGGGCCGUCUUGUCGAGAUGUCGAAUGACGAUGCUGCUAUCGUCAAGGCAUAUCCGACCAUCCUCCAGAAACUCGAGAACAUGCUUGGCAUCAGUGAGCGUCGGUGUAUUGACAACGCCUCGGGUUGCGUGGCUCGCCUGAUCAUCAAGCACAAGGACAACGUUCCAGUCUCAGAAGUGCUUCCAGCUCUCGUCAACUCUGGCGCUCUACCUUUGAAGCAAGACUAUCAAGAAAAUGAGCCGGUGUGGAAGAUGAUUGUCGGUCUCUACCGCCAACAGGAUCCUACCGUUCAGAGCCUUACACCAAAACUGGCUCCGAUCAUGAUGAGCGUGCUCGAGGGUGAUGAGCAGCUGACUGAGGAGGUGAAGAAGGAGGUCCAAGCCCUUGUAGACCACCUUCGGAGUCAAUAA